GUCAAUCGCUAUAAACGUCAACCGUACGCCAUCUUGGUCUCUUUCUAUCUCUUUUUCCGGUUGCACAUACAAGUGAAGAUGCCAGGAAUCACUGUAAAGGACGUCGAUCAGGACAAGGUUGUCCAGGGUGUUGCCCUCUUCCUAAAGAAGUCCGGCAAACUGAAGGUCCCUGAUUAUAUUGACCUCAUCAAGACCGCCAAGUACAAGGAGCUGGCCCCGUCCGAUCAGGACUGGUUUUACGUGCGUUGCGCUUCGAUCCUGCGCCGCCUCUACCACCAGAGCCCGGCCGGAGUUGGUGCCAUCUGCCGUAUCUACGGAGGUCGCCAGCGCAACGGAGUGCGACCGUCGCAUUUCUGCCGCGCCGAUGGCAGUGCCUCCCGCAAGGCCGUCCAGGCCCUGGAGCAGAUCAAGCUGAUCGAAAAGCACCCCGAGGGAGGCCGCAAGCUGACCAGCCAGGGACAGCGGGAUCUGGAUCGUAUCGCGGCCCAGAUCAUCAGCAAGCAGCGAGCUGCUCAGAAGAAGGAAGCCGCCACUCUGGUGCUGGCGUAAGCGGGUCUCGGGGUGUAGUGUUUUCUGAGAGAAGAUGUAAGGAUGCUAAGUUAAUAUAACGGAACAAAAAUUCCAAAGCAGUGUA